CUUUUAGACCCUCCUGUUAUAUCGGACUUUGACUAUGCAGACUUGUUACAUAACUUCACCUUCAUCACCAGGUUUUGAUUUAGAAAGCACCUUUCAGUUAAUUUAUAUUCCCAGGGGUGAAGCAGCAGAAACGCCUAAAGCUGUAACCAUGGCAUUUACAGACCGUCUAGCAGCUUAUUUGGCAGGGGUAAUCCUGUCACACCUGGCCCUAACGUGUGUUUUCCUUCUGGCCACGCUCGCUGCGGUCCGCUGGUACAUCAGAGAUUCCUACAAGGUUGAUGGUUUCAGCCAGAAACAUGUGCUCAUCACAGGCUGUGACAGCGGCUUUGGGAAUCUUCUGGCCAAACAGCUGGACCGAAAAGGUUUCCAAGUCAUGGCCGCCUGCCUCACAGAGAAAGGUGCUGCAGACUUGGCAGCGGCUGCCUCCCCCAGACUGAAGGCCUUCCUGCUGGAUGUUACGGACAGCGCGAGCAUCAGGAAGGCGGUGGAGUCUGUGAGCAGAGAGGUCGGAGAGCGAGGUCUGUGGGGUCUGGUGAAUAAUGCUGGAAGAUCGACACCCAUCGGCCCAACAGAAUGGAUGAAGUUAGAGGAUUUCACAAAGGUUUUGGAUGUGAAUCUGAUAGGAGUGAUUGACGUAACCCUCCAGUUUCUGCCUCUCUUAAAGAAAGCUCGGGGCAGAGUGGUGAAUGUAGCCAGUAUUCUGGGACGACUGUCUCUCACUGGUGGAGGAUACUGCCUGUCCAAAUGGGGAGUGGAAGCCUUUUCUGACAGCCUCAGGAGGGACAUGCAGCCCUUUGGUAUUAAUGUGAGCAUCAUCGAGCCCGGUUUCUUCAAGACUAACGUGACCCGCAUUGAUCUUAUUGACGCUGACCUGAGGAGGCUGUGGUCCCGCCUCCCUCAAGAUGUGAAAGAUUCAUAUGGAGCUACAUACUUUGAUGAGUAUGUGAAAGUUCAGACCUUCUCCAUGGGACUCUUGUGCAGUCCGGAUAUCUCUAAGGUGACGAGGUGCAUGGAGCACGCGCUGACCGCUCGCUUCCCACGCACACGUUACGCAGCAGGCUGGGACGCAAAGCUUUUCUGGAUCCCUUUGUCCUACCUCCCUUCAUUCGUUGCAGACUUUAUAGUCAAUGUGAUUCUCCCUUCUCCUAAACAAAAGAUGUAAAUAGCAGACAGCCUUAACCAUCGCUGUAAAAGUUUGUAUGACUGUGUCAUUACUUCUCUCCUGUGUAUAUGUUGACCAUGUUCACCCUAAGCUAAAGCUGAUUGAGAUUUUCCCACACACCAUCUCUAGGGGUUAGAGAAGAUAAUUUAAAAAAGAGAAAACAGUAGCUCAAAUAACCACUUGUUAAAACCAAGAUAUACAGAAGAGCAUCUCUGAACACACAACACAUCAAACACUGAAGGAGAUGAGCUGGAGCAGCAGAUGACCCCACCGGGUCCCGUUUCCAUCGGCUAAGAAGAGGAAGCAAAAUUAAACAAUACAAGACUGGCCUGUUGAGUCUUGAUUUCUGCUGUGACAUUCAGUUAAUCGGAUCAGAAUACGACAUAAUUAAUAUGAAAUCGUGGAUCCGUCCUGUCUUGUAUCAGUGUUUCACGGAGGAGGAGGUGGUGUAAUGGUGUGGAUCUAAAGGACCUAAAGUGUGCCAAGAAAAUAUAUUUGCACACAUAUUUAAACUCAUAUAUUUGAAAUUGUUUAAACACCACAACCUAUGGUGGCGACUUCCAGCAGGAUAACACUCAUUUAGGAUGUGGUGAAAGGGGAGAUUCACACCAUUAAUGUGCAACUGACAAAUCUGCAGCAACUGUGUGAUGCUAUCAUGUCAAUAAGAACCAAAAUCUCUGUGGAACUUUUCCAGCAUCUUGCUGAAUCUGUGCUGUGAAGAAUUAAGGCAGCUCUCAAGGCAGAAAGGGGUAAACAUGGAUGAACAUGACCCUAAAUCUUUGUCUUCCUCUAUGCAUUUGUGUGGUGUCCAAGGCGUAGCCCCUAGACCUCCCUAAGAUCUAGAAAAUAGAUGGACCGUAACAAUAAAGUGAAGAAAAAGAGACCACGUUACAAAAUAAGAAAUUUAUUCAUGCACAUCUCAGCAGCAGAAAUUGAAUCCAUUUGGACAUUUCCUCACAGAUAACAUUUUUUUAUUUGUCCUCAUUAUGAUACAACAUAGAUCAAUCUGUAAAGAACUUAUUAGAAAAUGUCUACAUCUGUAUUCUUGGGUUGUAUAUUGCUCUUUAAGAUGAUCAACUACAUAUCCACGCAAUAGACUUGGGCACAUUCAAGUACUGUUCCAAACUAAUUUGGCCAUUAUUCAUUUCAGUAAUAUCACUAAAAAACAAUCGUGUCAAUUCAAAAGUCGCAAAGGUGAUGUAAGGUAAAAAUGAGUUUGAUUAAGAAGGAUAAAAGUAUGCUUUGCACACGUAUUUAAGCCUAUGCAUCUGUUUAUAUUGGAGCACAUACUGAAGAGAUAUAAAAUCGAAUCUGUCUUGCUUCAAUUAAGCUGUGAAAUGAGGUAUAUAUUCAGUGGUGAAACAGAUAUUAUUACCCAUUGCAUUUCUCCAAUUUCCUUUGAUCAUUUUGUACAUUCACAAUGCAGCUCGCCUUUUAUAUGUGUUAUUUUCUUCACGCCGAACUAUUUAGGAUCUAUUCCAGAAUAUUUCUGAAAAAAAAUCUUACUGUCCAAAUUUACAAAUAUACAACAUAUUUAUUAACAUUUCUAUCAGCAGCUUCAGUGCAAAGAUAUACAUAUCGUACAUCAGGAUAAAGAAACAAAAAACAUUAACACAAAAUUGGCAUAAGAAAUGUCAGAAGGCAUAGUCACGGAAGACGUUUUUCUUUGUUCUAUAGAAAUGUACUUCUCUCCUAAAACGAUUUGAGUUUUGUACACAGGCUGCAUAAAAAAAUAAAUUCUGUGCAAAGUGUGUUUCA